AUGAGAAAUCCGCACGAUGAUGACGAAUUGGACGCCCUUCUGGAUGACUGCAUUAACACAAUGGACGAGCAGGAGCGUCGCCACGAGGAGGAAGUGAAGGCGCGUGAUGCGGCCCGUGAGGCGGAGCUGGAGAAGGGCACUGCGGACUCUAAUCAGAGCGGUGAAUUGAUGGGUCUUCUGCAGGCACUUAUGAAUGGUGAGAACGGUGACGGUAACGCGGAUCCUGAGACGCUGAUGAAUACGUUAAAUGAGGAGAUAACACGUGUGUCAUCCUUAAUUGACAGUUUGCCGGACGCAUCCGAAGAAGAACGUGCUAGUAUGACGGAGGUGCGAGAGAUUUUUGACAGGCUUACAAAAAUGUCAUCAACGAAUGAGGACGAUGCAGCAGAUGACAAUGCCAUGAAAAGCGAUGAGACCCUGGCGGAGGCGUUUAAGAAGUACAUGGCAGAUAUUGAAAAGACAAGUGGAAGUAGUGCCGGCAAUGCGGCAGCUUCGGAGAUACCGAGAAACACAUCAUCCACAGAGGCAACGACUGGUACCGCAAAUGCUGUCGAGUUUGAAGAUGUAAUUGCUGGCCUGUCAGGAAUGGUUUUGGACUGUUUGCUCGACCCAGGGAUGCUGAAGAUAAUGAAGGUAAUGCAACGGACGUAUCCCCGUUGGUUGGCCGCCAACGAGAGCAGCACUAGCGUGAAUGACCUGGCGAGAUACAAGAAGCAGUACGACGUUGUGAAUUCUAUCUGCGACCUCGUAGGCGAUGGUCCUAUUGAUCGUCAGGACGCGACGAAAACCAGUCAGUUGGUUUCCCUCACCCACGAGUUUGCCUCGUUGGGUCCCCUGCCACCAGACCUUGAGAAGUUGGACGCGGAGGAGGAGCAGUGCGAAUGA